AUAAUGGCAGCGGAGUUGUUACUUACCUAGUUCUUCGACAAAAUCGUCAAACCGUAAUAUUGUUGAUAUUUUCCACAUUAUUAUGUUCAUUUAUAUUAUAUAGUAAUUAUUUAUCAAAUCCAAUAUCGAAGAUUAUAGUGUAAUUCAUUGUGAACUCGUAAUAACGAUAUACCUAUUCGUUUUUCGUUUAUCUCGUCCAAAAAAUAAAGUUUUUUUUUCAGAUGAACCAUAAUCAAUAGCAAGAAAGACAGAAGGACUCUGAUUGACUGAUUUCACAACUUCUCAAGUAUCCAUAGAAUAAUGCAGAAAAGAAAAUAAUCGUAAUUAUGGUCGAAGAUUUUUAAUUUAAUUUAAAUAAAAAGUUGACUUUAGUAGAUUUUGAUUUUGAACGGUAGAACGCAUAUGAACCAUAGCCCAAAUUGGAUAUUUUAAUAUCUAAACAAUAAAAAAAUAACAAUUUUAGUUAAUUUGCUUGGUAAAAAAAAUAUUAUCUGUAGGAACUUGAGUUUUUUUGUCGGUUUGUAUAAUACUUUUAACGUCUUAUAAAAAUUAAAUUUUCAAAUAAUUUAGAUUAAUCUCAAGUUACUUAUACGACAAACCUAUUCAAAUUUCUACAGUAUGUAUAGUAAUAUUUUAUGAAAUAAUAUUAUAAUAGUUAGGUAUUAUAUAUAGGUAGGAUGAUAAACUAUUUUUUUUCAUAAAUUAGUCGAACAUACCGCGACCGUAUAGAAAAAAUAAAUAUUUAUAGCAGUAUAAAUUUAUUAUAAAAUAUCCUAUGAAGAAUAGGCCGUCUUCGGUCAGAACCGUUUUCGUACGAUUAAUUAAUUAUUGAAUUCAAAUUUAACACAUCCAUUAUAGUUGCCAACUAAAUGGAUAUAGGCACACUUGUCACAUACUAUACAGCAUAUUGAUUUUCCCACUUAAUGUUUAACUUGGAUGUUCACUAAAUAUUAAUGCAUAUAGCAUUUCUAGGCAUUACAUAAUUUUCAAAUUAUUUUGGCUUAUAUCAUGAUAUUCAUAGAAUUUUUUAGUAUUUUAUUGAUUUAUAUAAAAUAUAAUUUUUUUGUUUAAGUCGAGUGUUGAAAUAUCAACACAACGUUACCAAAACAGCACCUAAGUGUUUUUACGGGAAUUAAAAAAAAGUGUACGCAAUACCACAUAUAUUUUUAUGAUCAUGUGAAGUUCAAAUUAUGAUGAUUAUUGCUUCAAAUUGUAAUAUCUUCUAAAUUGUUUCUAUCUUUUUAAAUCUAAAAAAUUAAAAGUUAUUUUGCAUUAAGUUUUGAAAAAUUAAUUUUUUGUUCAUACAUCAUAAUGUUUAUAUUUUAUAGUAUUAAAAUUGAACAAUGUUGAUUAUGGCAUUUCAAGCAAGCAGCUUUCUGUAUUUUAUUUAUCUUAAUUAAAAUAGUAAUAAUAUAUAUAUUCAUAUUGUAUAUGUUAAAUUAUCAAAUGUAUGAGCAUUUUCUGUCAUCAGAUCUGUUCAGGAUUGUGGAACUGACUCUCAAUAUUUGCAGAUAAUUUCGAAAUUUAAUAUAAAAUAUCUAUAGUGAACUAAAUAAUUACGCAUGGAUUGUAUUGUAUAAUAUAAUGCCAAUGUAAACGUAAACAAUGUAUAGUUUUGGUUUGUAAUUAAUAUAAGCUUAAAGAUGAAAAAUGUAUUCAUUUUUGUUAUGUUUAGUAUAAUAAUAAUAUAAUAUGCGUUUGGGUUUCAAAAUAUUUUACAUAUACCUAAUGUAAAAUCCAUUACUGCAGAAUAACUCACUCAAACAUGGACUAUUUUAUUAAAAAGUGUUUUUGAGGGUGUGCAUACACAACGUAUUCAUAUUCGAACUUAAAAGUGUCCUAAACUAAUCCUGUAUAGGUGGAUAGUUACCUGACCAAACCGUUCAUUGUAUUCGUGUUUACAUAUCCACUUGAGGCUUAAGGUACAUGCAGGAGUAUAUCACUCGAAGGUUAUUUGCUACCAUUAAUCGAUCUUGACUAUUGAAAUUCCUAUUGUUGUAAAAAAAACAGCAAUUCUUUAUUAUACGCCUGAAUCAAAUAUUGUGUACGGUAUACCUAUUGAGAGAAAAAUUACAGAUAUCGUUAACAUAAUUCCGCGCGAAUUACGUUUACGUCAUGAAACCUUUACACGGUCGCAUAAAACCGUUGAUACAUUUCUGCCUCCUAUUUGGUAUGGAGUUUUGUUGUAACGACUUUCAGAUCGUUUAUUUUCUAUUGAUAUUCAUUAAUAUGUCAGUAAGUAUUUACAUAUACUAUGAAAUGUUCAUUUAUGUCCAAACGCAUCUGUCGGAAAUGUUUGACCUGUCUACAAUAACGUCCGUGGUUCGACUGCAUAUCCGAUUUUUAGCGCAUCCGUUAAUGAUUGUAUUGUUGUAUGUCAAAAAGACGACCAUUAUGAACUACAUAAGCGACUUUGAUGAUCUCGUCCACAGAAUCAAUGAUGUCUCACUGAAGCCGUAUAUGAUAAACUUCUUCGGUUGGCUGUCGACUAUCUUGGUCGCGGAAUUCAUACAGAUAAUGGCGUUUCAUCAUCGCACGAACUUAAGAUUUUUUACGAUCUCUGCCACUGCUCAGUUCGUUAUCUCUAAUGUGUGGCUAGUCACACCAGUUUUGAUGUACAUUUUUCUCAUCUCCUUGGUCUCCCACGGUAUACGAGAAAUGAACAACGACAUAACCUCGAUCAGAGCGUGGAGAACGCACAUCCUCAAAUGGAAAGAGCUGCAACACGUGGGAAUAGUUCUAACUAACUCGGUGUUUGGAAAGAUUAUCAUUAUUUUUAUAAUGUUCACCAUCAUGGAAUUAACCUUUUUCUGUUUUGCGAUAUAUUUAAGUUGGAGAAGGAAUUAUCCUAAUGAAAUGUUUGCAUACUUAAUAAUCCUGUUUGUUCGGGCAGGCUUGAUGUUUCAACUUUUCCGAACAAGUCAUAGUUGCAAGAUAGAAAAACAGAUGAAAAGGACACAAAUACUUUUGAAUAGUGCUGGUAAAACUACAGUAUCAGAUUACAAAGAAUUUCAGUUCACCUCUAUGUACAUGCUGCACACUGAUUUCAGUUUCAUGCCGUGUAAUAUUUUUGAUAUUACGUACAGAAAUUUAGUAACUAUAUUCACCAUAAUUGCUGCCUACUCGGUUUUUCAAAUUCAGAUAAAACUAGUUUCAUAUUAAUGCAACUAAAUUAUAUAUAUAUAUAUAUAUAGAUUAAUAUUUGCGUAAUUAUAUAAACAUAUUAUAAUACCUAAUUAAUAAUAUUUAUUUUUAUCAUAAUCAACUAUACAAUCAAAUAUACUUCAAUACAAUGCGUUCAAGAAUUUAGAUUCUGAUUGGAGUGAUGAAUGUAUUGAGUUUACAAUGAUGAGUGUGUUUAUUUUUUUGUUAAAUAAACAAUAAAAAUUUUUUUGCGUUAGGUCAAAAAUGUUGAGAAUUUUAUACAAGGUUCCUCAUAAGUUAUAAGUCAUUAAUAAAGGAAUUUAAAAUAAUAUUAAAGAUACAUAACUACAAUUAUCUUUUAUAAGCAUUUCAACUUUUAAAGUUCAUUAUUAUAUUUUUGCUAACUAACCGAAAGUUUAAUUUUCAAUGACGGUUAAAGCGUUGGAAAGCGUCCUUUUUCCGUUCAGCAAUCCCCAAAAGUGCUGAAUGCGCAUAUCACGCGUAUCCCCAGACAACCAGACGCUAAAAUCUAUACCACGAUCCUUACAAGACAUAAACUUUUGGUUACAUCUUAAUAUCUUAUAUUCGUAUUAUAACAUCCAUGCAUGACGCUCAAAAUAAAUAAAACCAAAUCGUUUCUUUCGUGAAAUUGUUUUCGUAGAAUAGUAUAAUGGUUGUUGCAUAGAUCCCUGCAUUAGGUACCUUUGCCGUGAUCGAUGAACGCAGAGUCGGGACAAUAAAUAAUAUGUGUGACUCAUUCGAGAAGACAAUUUCAGUCUUGGGUGAAAUGCAGUUCGUGCCACCUACGUCGCCCGCGACUGAAAUAGCUCACUUCACUUUAUAUCAUUGAAUUCAGAUUUAACACCAUUCAUUACAGUGACCCAAUAUUGUAAUCUAUUGUACAGCAGAGUGAAACUCACUUAUGCGGUUUUUUUUUUAAAUUUUUUAAAAUUAAAAAAUUAUAUAAGAUAAUUGAAAACAGUAACUAGAAUAAUAAUUCAGUGUAAUUCAAAAUUAAAAUAACUUGUACGAUUAUUCUUAGUGUUAAUAUUAUAAUAUAAAAUAUGAGCGCCCAUAAAAAAAAAUUAUUAUGGAUUUACGCUUAAUUUUUUUUAUAAUUCCCACUAACAUCCUUUAUGCUUAUAAAUAGUUCAAAAAUAGUGAUUAUAUUUUGAAUUUUUUUUUGUGUUAAGGAGAUGCCAAUUUAAACAUUUGGUGAAGAUUUCAUGUGUCUACAGUUAUUAUUUUUAAUAUUACAACAAAAAACAAAAUUGAAUUUUUCAAAAACUGAUUUUGCAUUAAAAUCUAAGUUUUUCCUUUAUUUGUUGUUUGUUUUUCUUAACGCUUUUGAAAAGUACUGGGGAUUUUUAUUUUUGACCUCCACCCCUCCAAAGUACCAAAUAGAUUGUUUGUUGGAUACAUUUCCUUCAAAAAAGAUUCUGAAGUAGAAAAUUGAAGCAUUUUUACUGCCUUUAAACGUGAUAAAAGACACAAAUAAAAAAAAAAUCAUACAUCGUAAAUUCAAUACUGUCAUUGCUCCGCUCAGAGUAGUAGAAUAGUACAGGUCGUAUUAUAUUUGUUAUUAUUUGACAUAAUAGUUGAUUAAAAAUUAAAAUAUAUAAAUUAGUAAAAUAUAAUUUACUUAUAGUUAGAAGUUGUACAUUUUUCUCUAGAUUGCUCCAUGCUAUUAAAUUGCAUACACACAUUGCCGUGUUUAAACUAAAAUCUUAUUAUUUUUAUUUAUUAUUGGACUAUUUUUUGGAAUAUUUUGUUUUUGACAACUUUGAAUAAAAACAUUGAAUGUAUCAAAUAUAUUCUUACAAAAUAAAUGUUUGUAGACAAAUUUAAGUUACAUACUCAAUUUGUUAACAAGUAAUUUAAAAUUUUAUAUAUAGUUUAAAGGAAUUGUCAAUUUGCCGAAAGCAGCUACAAACGUUU